CCUCCCCCCAUGCACGGGAUGUUUAGAGAACCGCUUGGCCCCAAUCCUCGGGCGAGCCGGGUAACACAAGUUUUACUGUCGUGUUUUUUUUUCUUUCAGAGUUUCCUACAUGUGUGUAUUUCUGGACUCCAACAAUAGAUGGGAAAUUGGAACACUCUUCUAAUAUCCCGGAAUAAGAAGCGAUUAUGCAGCGAAAUCGCAGAGGAGUAGAUGCUGGUCUUUUAUUGCUACUUGCUCAAGUAUUUCAAGUUGGGCUUGAAAACAUUCCACCUGUAACACUUGGGACCCUAGGACUGAAUGUUUUUCUGUUUUUGAAACCUCUGAAGCCACUGCCAAACGUGUGUAUCAGUGUAGACCAAGGUUACUACCAGAAAGACUGGCAGCGUUUGCUGCUUGCUCCAAUUCAUCAUGUAGAUGAUUGGCAUUUAUAUUUUAAUAUGGUCUCCUUGCUUUGGAAGGGGAUAAAGUUGGAACGUAAGCUUGGAAGCUUAUUUUUUGGGUAUAUAAUUGCAGUAUUUUCAGUGCUGAUUGGCAUUGUGUAUAUGGUGUUGGAAUUUGCACUUGCAGGACUUCUGAAUGACCCUUCCUACAGAGUAAAUUGUGCUGUAGGCUUUUCAGGAGUAUUAUUUGCUUUGAAAGUUCUUAGCAAUCAUCACCACCCAGGAAGGAUUAGCAACAUCAUGGGAAUUCGUGUAUCCAGCAAAUAUGCUUGUUGGCUGGAGCUUGUGGCCAUUCAUUUAUGUACUGCAGGGACUUCUUUUGCUGGGCAUCUAGCAGGUAUUCUUGUUGGACUGAUGUACACGCUGGGGCCUCUGAAGAUGCUCAUGAAAGCAACUGCAGGUGGCUUUUCCUAUUUUAAUGGUUCUGCAAGACAGAGAGACUACUACUCAGGGUUUUCUAGACACUCAAGUUACCCAUACAACACACGAGGGGAUUAUGAUAUGUACACUGGUGGUCUUACUGAAGAUGAACAGUUUGAAAUGGCACUGAGGAACAGUCUUCAUGACAGAGGUUUUAGUGCAGGAACUCAUAGCAGUGAGAGGCGCCCAUAUGGUUUUUGGUUUCCAUCUGAACAGCUAUCAGAAGAGGAAAUGAGAAGACAGAGACUUAAUAGAUUUGAGAGAUGGUGAAAUUGCACAGUUGUCUAUUGAAAAUAUGUAAAGUGCUCUUCAAAGAUGCCAAAACAUUUGCAGAUCUGUUCAUUUAUAAAGUUUCUACUUUGGUUCAGAACUAUUUAUGAUUGGCUGCACAAUUUAACAGCAAAGCGUGCCAAGGAUUUUGCAACGUAUAUCUGAAAAUCUAGGCUUAAAACAAGUGACCAAGAGCCAGAAUGUGAUCAGUGGCUGCCCUCCAUUUUGCUGUUCCUAAAAUA